UCUCCUCUCCUCUCCUCUCCUCUCCUCUCCUCCUUUCCCCUUCUCCUUUUUUCCUUUCUCUUCUCCUUUUACUUUCAUUUUUUCUUCUUUUCUAUCCCUUCCCUUUCCCCUUCUCCUGCACCUUCCCCUGCCCCUUCCAUUCUCAUCCCCUUCCCUUUCCAUCCCCUUUCCAUCCCAUUCCUCACCACCCUAGAUGGUCAUUUACACAUCAAUUUCAAACAACCUUUGAGUCACUGCGUGAUGGGGUGACAGAGAAGCAGUGUUGGUUGGGGCUCAAAGCUCGUGGCAUGAGGCACCGUCACUGUGAACCUCCAACCUUUUGGUGGGGGCAGCCCAAACAACGCGGCACUGGCGCUGUGUUCAGUUCAGGCAUCUGCUUUGCUGCCAUACCUUCAACAACAAGGCCUCUGUUGUUCUUUCUUAUCGUUGAUUGCCUGAGAUUUUCUGCGGACUCUGCAUUCUGUCCCUCAGCUCGCCCUUAUGCAGGCACACCGUCUUCCACCUGGUGAUGCUGGUGACCUUGAACUGCUUGGCAGCUGGGAUGAGGACUUUGUGCUCAGCAGGGAGGGCGGUGAAGCUGUGGACGGGCGCACCAUAGCAGGUCUGCAGCGAGAAGAAGGUGUCCGGGCCGUGCUCUUUGGGGAGGUUCUUCUGGAGGGAGGAGGAAGGAAAAUGUCCUGAUCUCUGAAGUGGAGAGCUGUGGGAUUCAAGGGUGGGCAAUUCGGUGGAUAAGGAAUUGGAUGGAUGGCCGUGGUCAGAGGGUGGUGGUCAAUGGCUCUGCGUUCAGCUGGAGGCGGAGCUGAGCGGUGUCCCCAAGGGCUCCGUCCUGGGAACAUCAACAUCUCCAUCAGUGACACCAACGAGGGCAUCGAGUGCAGCCUCAGCAGUUUGCUGAUGACGCCCAGCUGAGCGGUGCGCUUGGCACAGCAGGAGUAAAGGAUUGUCCCUCUGCUCCUUCAUCAUGAGGCCCCAUCUGGAGCACUGCACCCAGGUCUGGGCGUCCCGUCACAGGAAAGACGUGGAGGUGUUGGAAUGGGAGCAGAGGAGGUUGUGGAGAUGCUGCAAGGGCUGGAGCAGCUCUCCUGUGGGGAAAGGCUGAGGGGGCUGGGGGUGUUCAGCAUGGAGAAGGGAAGGAAGGCUCCAUGGACCCCUCAGAGCAGCACUGCAGGGCUAACCAGAAUGUACAGCCCUGCACUGAGGGCAUCGUCCCAAUGCCUCCUGAGCACUGCAGGCAUGGAGCAUCAACUGCUACCUACAGACCUGUCCCAGUGUGUGACCACCCCCGUGCUAACGAUAAUUCUUCCAAUUAUCAAGUGGCUCAGAAGAGAGCAGCAGCAAGCCUUCCACCCAAUUGAACAGGAAUUAGUUCACCCAACUGCCACUGAUGUUGUGUGGAGGAAGUGACUUGCAGUGAUCACACAGUGGGCUCAAGUUGGAAUCCCUCGUUGUGCAGGGAUCUUGGAAAUGAUCGUGGACUGGAUGAAGGCAGAGAUUUUGGAACGUCAACAGAGGAGGAGGUGAUGGGUGCCUGUGGCUGGGCUCGGGAUCGAGGGGUGGACUUGGCCGUGGAUGCUAUUGCACAGGUUAUCAUGAAUGUGAAGCACACAGGGCAACUAAGCAAGUCAAGGGGAUAAUGACCAUUUGUCUGGAGGAUGAUGGCUGACAUAUAAAUAUGGGGGGGCCUGGAGGUGGAUCAUGUCACGUCCCACAGGCUCACCAUGGCAAUCAGCACAUGCUUGCAGUGAUGGGGCAGCCACUGAUGGGUGUUGAGCUCAACUUCUUUUCUGCUGUUUCCCAAUUCUCUCCCCCAUCCCCAAGGACGGGGCAGUGAGCAAAGGGGCUGAGCUGCUGCAGGGUAACACCACAACCCCGUGGCUGCACUGCCUGGUGCUGCAGGCCCCGACAUUGAGAUGCGGGGUCCUGGGCUGCCCUCCAUCCGCAGAGCUGGGACGGGAGCACUCAGGGCUUUGCUGGGGGCUUUCCUUCCUUCCUUCCGUGGUCCCACAAGCAGAGGUCAAUGGUCCAAUUGCUGCUCCCUUGUUUUCUCUGCCAACAUGGGAACACUCCCUGUGCCUUUCACUUCUGGUUACGGGAAAGGGAGUGGGAAAGGGAGUGGGACAGGAUAAAAGUGGUGCUGAAGGGAGGAGAAGAGAGUGAAGCAGGCAGAGGAGGCAGCGGGGUGAUUCUGAGCACACUGAGUUUUGCCCCCUCCUGUGCCCCUGCGCCGUUGCUGAGCAGUGCUGCACAGAGCUGGGCUCCUGCAUCCUUCUGCACAUGGAGCACGUCCUCCUGGGCUGGGUGCUGCUGCUCAGCACCUGGACUGCUGCAUCGGCCGCCAGCAUUAAGAACAGCCAGAUCAAGGAGGAGGCGAUGGACACGGCCCCCAACUCCUUUGAUGACCAGUACCAGGGCUGCAUCGACUUGAUGGAGGCUGAGCUGCCAGAGCUGAACCGCACCGAGUUCAACAACAGAACCUACGCUGAGGGCUGGCGUUCUGCCACCAAAUUGUGGCAGAGCCGAUUGGGUGCUGCCACCAGCCCAGUGGUGUUGGGACGGGAUCAGGCCAUAGCCGUGAUGGCGUACACGAUGGAGGAGGAUCUGUACCGCGUCUUCAACAACGCCACGCUCACGGCUGGGAGCUCCCGGCAGCACUACCUGAGCUCCUACCCCUUCAAGACGCUGCAUUUCCUCCUGAGCAGAGCCCUGCAGACCCUGCGGGAAUCCCAGACCCAGCAAUGCUACAACGUCUUCCGCGGUGUCAAUGGCACCCGAUUCACAGCACAGCAAGGCCAGGUGGUUCGCUUCGGCAAAUUCACCUCCACUUCCUUCAGCCAGAGCGUUGCUAAAGAUUUUGGUGAAGACACGUUCUUCUUGGUGCAGACCUGCUAUGGUGUGCCCAUCAAGGACUUCUCCGCAUUCCCCGGUGAGGACGAAGUCCUCAUCCCACCUGCCGAGCAGUUUGAAGUCACCAACAUCACCUACAUGACGGAAGGAAACUUAAUCGAGCUCGAAUCCCGGGGGAUGAAGAGCAACCACAACUGCGAGUUCGUGAAGGGCAGGAGCAGCCCCAUGGAAUCCCCACACCUCUGGGUGCUCAUCCUGGCAGCCGCAGCCCUGGCAGCUGUGGGAGAGUCCUGACCUCUACAC